CCAAAAAGGAUUUGAUUGCUCUUGGCAUCAGGCAAAUCUGGACCCAGAAGACCACAGUUACAAAUCUCAUUCUGUAGCAGCCUUGAAGAGAGCUUUGGGGUAUUUUGGAUUUAGUGAGUCACCAACUGCCCUCACUCUGCCGUUACGUGCUGGUUUCCUCAUGUGGCUGUAACCACGUGAGGGAGUUAAUGCUGCACAGAGCAUCUGCUCCUCAGCUAAACGCCUUCCCAGCCCCACAGCUGUCUGCCAAAGAGCCUCUGACGUGCAGAAGAGUGUCUGCAAGCUCUAUAGGGUAGAAAAUUUUUCAUGGGUUGGCCCACAUGGUGGCCAAAAAAUGUCCUUUGUCAGAAUAGCAUUGUUUUAAUUGUGCCAAAAGAAAGCAAAACCACUCUCAGAUUCACCAUAUCAGACUAGGGAAUUGCCAACAAUGAUCUAGUUAUGAUAGGAGAAAAAAACAAAACAAAACUCCUAAUUGCUAGGGGAAAGAAAAACAGGAAUAGUUUUGUAGGGUUGCUCUUUCGGGUCUGCCAAGAUAAGAUUAUUUUUCUCCAUAUCUCUCCUUUAUCAACAAGAAGUAUAUUGCUUGUGCAAGCACCUUAUUUGAGAUCAGGCUCUGUCAAAAGUAAAGUUUACAAAUGUGGCUACUGCAAUGGUUUGAGAAAAGACUAAAUAUGAGCAACCAAAAGCUUUUUUUGUCCCUUUUUAUGCAAAGCAGGAUUCUAAAUUCCAGAUUUAUCAGGACAGACUUGCUUUCAUAUAGUUUUUUUAGUGGUUGCUGUUCUCCAUCUUCUGUAACCACAUCAAUUCUCUCUCCUGCUACAGAUCCUCCUCAAAUGAUGUAAAGGGUUGCUCUUUGAAAUGCAAAAAAGAUGAUGACCCAUGUAGAAGGAAUAUAGUAGUAGAAGAUACUGUUGCUUCCUAGGGCUGAAGGUCCCUUCUCCUCCACUCUUCUUGCAGUACACAAGCUAUAGAUUUCAAGUCAAAUUUAAUACAGAAAGCAAAAACAUGGCGACAAAGGAAAAGCUUCAGUGCUUGAAAGAUUUCCACAAGGACAUCCUCAAACCUUCACCCGGCAAGAGCCCGGGGACACGGCCUGAGGAUGAGGCAGAAGGAAAGCCACCCCAGAGGGAGAAGUGGGCGAGCAAGAUUGACUUUCUGCUGUCGGUGGCUGGAGGGUUUAUCGGCUUGGGCAACGUCUGGCGGUUCCCGUAUCUCUGCUACAAAAACGGCGGAGGUGCAUUUCUUAUACCUUAUUUCAUUUUCCUGUUUGGGGGAGGUCUUCCCGUGUUUUUCCUGGAGGUGGUGCUAGGACAGUAUACCUCUGAAGGUGGAAUUACAUGCUGGGAAAAGAUCUGCCCUAUUUUCACUGGAAUUGGUUAUGCUUCCAUAGUGAUUGUGUCCCUUCUGAAUGUGUACUACAUUGUGAUCCUGGCCUGGGGACUCUACUACCUGUUCCAGUCGUUCCAGAGCGUCCUGCCAUGGGCACACUGCCACCAGAAGUGGAACACGCCGACCUGCGUGGAAGACACUCUCAGGAAGAACAAAACCCUCUGGAUAUCACUGAAUGCCACUAACUUCACCUCUCCUGUCACAGAGUUUUGGGAGCGCAAUGUACUGAGCUUGUCCUCAGGAAUUGAAGAUAUUGGUAUUAUCAAGUGGGAUCUAGCACUGUGUCUUCUCCUCGUCUGGGUGAUAUGUUUCUUCUGCAUUUGGAAAGGAGUCAAAUCCACUGGGAAAGUAGUGUACAUCACUGCCACGUUCCCAUUCAUCAUGCUCCUUGUUCUGCUCAUCCGUGGUGUGACCCUGCCUGGAGCUGCAGAAGGCAUCAAGUUUUAUCUUUAUCCUGAUAUGUCACGGUUAGCUGACCCACAGGUCUGGAUAGAUGCAGGGACACAAAUCUUCUUCUCAUAUGCAAUCUGCUUAGGAGCAAUGACUUCCCUGGGGAGCUACAACAAGUACAAAUACAACUGCUAUAGGGACUGUUUGCUGCUGGGAUGCCUGAACAGUGGUACCAGUUUUGUGUCUGGCUUCGCAAUUUUUUCCGUCCUGGGCUUCAUGGCACAAGAGCAAGGGGUGAACAUUGCUGAUGUGGCAGAGUCAGGUCCAGGCCUGGCUUUCAUUGCCUACCCAAAAGCUGUGUCCAUGAUGCCACUGCCCACCUUUUGGGCAAUCCUUUUUUUUAUUAUGCUUCUGUUGCUUGGACUGGAUAGCCAGUUUGUUGAAGUUGAAGGACAGAUCACGUCAUUAGUUGAUCUGCACCCAUCCUUCCUAAGGAAGGGUUACCGACGGGAAAUCUUCAUCGCUAUAGUAUGUUUCCUUAGCUAUCUUCUGGGACUAACUAUGGUGACUGAGGGUGGCAUGUAUGUUUUUCAACUCUUUGACUACUAUGCAGCUAGUGGUGUAUGCCUUUUGUGGGUUGCAUUCUUUGAAUGUAUUGCUGUAGCCUGGGUUUAUGGCGCUGAUAAUAUUUAUGAUGCCAUUGAGGAUAUGAUUGGAUACAGACCUGGUCCCUGGAUGAAAUGGAGCUGGAUUGUGAUCACACCAGUUCUUUGCGUGGGGUGCUUCAUCUUUUCUUUGGCCAAGUACAAACCACUGACCUACAACAAGGUCUACACAUACCCAGACUGGGCAAUCGGCCUGGGCUGGGUUCUUGCCCUUUCCUCCAUGAUCUGCAUCCCUAUGGUGAUGGUCAUCCGCAUCAUACAGUCAGACGGGUCACUCAUUGAGAGGAUAAAAGCAGUGGCUGCCCCCAAGGAAGUGAAUCGGUGGUCCAAAGAAACAGAGAGUGGCACCCCCUUCUGCCCCAAUGGAACUUCGAAUGGUGGAUUGAUCAAGCCAACUCAUAUCAUUGUGGAAACCAUGAUGUGAGCUCUCUCUGUGAGAGGAUAAACCUGCUUUAACUGCCGUUUACUAACCAUAGAUUCUCAUAGGACCAGGUUUACAGAGCUUUAUAUUUGCACUAGGAUUUAUUUUUAUUUCUCACAGAGAAAGUUAUUUUUUGUGUGUGUUUUUUUUUUUUUUUAAUAUUUUGUAAGGUAAUCACAGCAGAUGUCUCUCUGUAGAGGGAGAGCUUUCAUAUCAGACUAGACAUAUUACAGGAAUUUACUAUUAUUGGGUUUUUUUAAAUAUAUAUAUCUUUAUCUCUAAAUAUUAUACACCUUACCACUUGAAUUGAUUGUCUUGCCAGCAAUAUAUUCAAGUCUCAGAAAGCAAUUUUAGGUGCUGGUGUGGUUGGGAGCAGGGUAACCUACAGAACACACAGCUCUGUUGAGAUAUCAUUAUAAAAAAAAAAAAAUGCUGUUUCAAGAGACUUUUCAAAGGUGUAGUAUUUCCACCCUCUGGUUCAGUUGUGGUAAACGACAGGAUUUGGGGUCACAUUAGGGAAAGGAUACAGUUACAUUUAGCACAGUCCCUGAGGAAAGAUACAGCUGGGCAGGUGGAGCAGAGAGUCUGCAAGGAAGGCACAGAAGCUGGGUGUGAAAGUCUCUCCCUCCCAAGCACAGCACUGGGACCCUGUCACACAGAUUAGGGGAGGACUUUAGGAAGGCAUUUGCAGGACUUGGCAUGGUUCACUCUUUUUAAAAGUUAUUUUUAGUAAUUUUUAGGGGGUUAUUUGUUGUUUUGUUGUUGUCGUUGUUGGUGGUUUUCGGUGGUUUUUUUUUUUACUUAACUGAAAUGCCUGCUGUUUGUGUGUGAGUGGGGAGGUUGAGUACCUGCUCCUGAGUUUUUCCCCAAAACAUAUUUUAGUGUGGUGGCACUGGUGUAAACUUGAAUUCUGCAGACUGCAAGGGGCAGCAGGGACAAGUGCCCAGUAGCUGAGAGAUGCAAAGCAGCACCUGCCCUCUUAGGGCUUCAGACAUUCACUUGCUUGUUUGUUUGUGUGUUAAUUAUUGGACUUUGGUUUGAGGCAGAAAAAUAAAAUAAUCCCUUUUGGACUCUGACUGUCCAAAGGUGAACACAAACCAGGUCAUCGCCAACAGGAGGAACAGAACCACUCACCUACACCUGGUGUAACUGGUAUUUGUAACAGACACCUUGUUAAUAAUAAUACUAAUGUAGCUAGUAACAGCAUGCAGCAAACAGGUGCUUUUCAUCUGUGUAUCUCAUAAAUGCUUUGCCAAGUUUGGUAACGAGGAUUUGCUUUAUUUAUUUAUUUUGAGGGGGUAGGUUCCUGUUGCAGGAACAGACAAAAGGACUAAAAGUCCCUUGUCCUAUGUUACUAAAAUAACAGCAGUAGACCUAGGGCCCCCAGUGUCCUUCAGUGAGGUAAACCAUAGUUUUUAUUUUUUUUUAGGGAGGGGUGGAGGGUGGCAAACAUAUUUAUGAGGCUUAUGAAUCUUGCCUGCUGAAGAAACAGGGCUUUUGGGAUUUUAAGUUCAAGCAAAGGGAACACAUAACACUUGAAAUGUUUCAUAUUUGGUCAGAAGGAAUAGCAUCCCGUUCAGGGUGGACUGGGGAGUGAAGAGAAACCACUACAAGGAGUGUAGGAUUGGGGGUUCCGCUUCGUGGGGGCCAGAUGGAUGUUUCCAUGGGGAAUGGCUCCCUGAAAAUUGUCCAAAACAUGGGCAAAAGCUUUUUUUCUUUUUUUUUUUUAAUUUUAAAAAAACACAACAAAACCAACAAACAAGAAAACUUGAGCAGGUUGUGCUGGGAACAGGUUCUCUGGGGAAAUUCAGCUUUUUCUUGUGGGCAUUGUAUUAGAGAGAGAGGUUUGUUUCUUCUUAUACCACAGUUAAGAUAUCCUAAGGUAUUUAGAGGAAAUAAUAAAAGCAGAGUUUGUAUCUGCUUAUUCUGCCAUCAGCUUAGUCUGUCAGGGCAGAGUUUGUCAUUUAAACAGGAACAUAUCCAGUUCUUAACAUUCCUACAGAGCAUUUUUGGGUUUGGUUUGUGUUUUUUUUUUUUGUCCCAUGGGCUAACUGGCUGCAGCAGCACAAACAUUUGUUGAUUAGCUUGUUGGUUUUCCUGUAACAGAAAAGGGGUGAUUUAAAAGAGAUGGACCAAAAUAAUUUUUAAAAGUGGCUGCAUCUAUAACUUUCAAAAUACUCGUAGUUUGAAUUUGUACACAAUUUUACAUUAGCUGAGCUGCAGCAACAAAACCAGCCAUGGCAGAAUUGCUUUUGUUUUCUUUUUCUGGUUGCUGUAUUAUGAGAGCUACAAAUGAAACUUUUCCACAGCUGGAGAUGGCAAAUACCUAAUGUCACCUGCUGGGCUAGUGGCAAUAGCCAUCCAAAGGUCGCUGGAGAAAUUCAGUGGGCCAGUGAGUGUCAUCAAAUAUGCCAAAAUUAAGAAGCAUGCAUACAGCUGAGUUGUUUUUUAACAAAGCCUUUAAGCAUCAAAGACAAGGACAUGUAAUCAAAGAUAACUCUCUUAGUGGACUUCAGCUUGGACCCCCAUUUUUGAGUUACAAUCAGUGUUUGCAGUAAACAGGCACAUGUGCCUGGGUGAAGAGGGAUUGGCAGGUUAGGGUGGUCUAAAUUAAUGGUUUCUCUGAGUGCAGAUGAAACACUGAUGCUUGAUUUAUUUUUCUUUUUUUCAGUAUAUAUACAUUAUGAUAUAAUGGUGUUUGAGAUAUAGUUUGCACAUCGCUUUUGUGCUAUAGAGCUGAGACAAACUUUAGUUAGGGAAAAAAAAUGGUUUGGCUACAUCAGAUCUGGCUCCAGCGAGUCAGCUGGGUAUUGAGCCAUCUCCCACAUUGUGGAGAGUGUUUUUGUGUGAAGAACCAGAGGGCUAAUACUACACCUUUCAAAGUACAACUACUAGAGAACUAGAACCCAGCCCCAUUUCAAUAUAAACUGUGCCAUUCAAAUCAGUUGCUUCCAUGUACCAAGUGAAAAUGUCUCACAUAUGCAACAACCAACUGAAACAUUCUCUUUGUCACCUCCUCUGGCCCUGCUCUGCUCUUUGGCAUGACUGCAAGGGAGGGCUGGGAUUCACAAAGAGCUAAGAAAUUAUUGUUUCUGGAAAACAAUUCCUCUCUCCCCUCUUCCCUCCCUUCCAAAAAAAAAAAAGAAAAAAAAAAGAAAAAAAAAUAUUAUUAAUUAUUCUUGGUUUAUCUGGGGUUUGCGUUCCAAUGAGCACACUCGGAUUUUUUGCACACUCAGAUUUUUACAGUUUUGGUUUUUCCUAACACUUUUGUUAUCAGAUUUCUGAACUUUUCUUGGUGGUAAAUUUGCAUUUCAACAUUAUCCUCUGCCAAAUUUAUUUUAAAAAAAAGUUCUUUUUAAAAGUCUGUGUUUUCUACCUAUUUCUGACUGCAAAUGCAACUGAUUUUUUUUCCCUAAUUUACUUGUUUAAACACUUGUGCUGUAUUUUACCUGUUUUAUGUAAGUGAGGAACUCUAUAUUAAAACUAUCGUGACUAGUCAUAGAUGAACUGGUUUGGAUGCAGGGAAAAGCUAGUGCAGUUUUGGCAUGAGAUCUUUAGAACCAGAACCCUGACUUUAAAACCAGAAUAAAACAAGGCAAAACCCACACUUACCUUAUUUCAUGUACCUUUGUAUUAAUUAUUCUUCUGGGCUUGCAAACAGCAGGUUUUCAGCAGGAUUUCUUUCCAGCUGAAAUUAAAUCAAGAGAUACUAGAAACAUAAAGGGGAACAUCUACCCCACAAGAUUUUCUGACCUGUUUCAUAUUUUUCUCUAUUUUCCAAACUUUUUCAGUUCACCUGUCACUAGUUAUGAUCUCACUGAAUGGGCAUCUAUUGUACGGGACUCUAUUGGCAGUCGGUAUUUUGGUAUUUAAACAGUAUGAUUUCAUAAAUAGAACUGGUUUUUAUUGUUGUCACUGUUCUCAUUUUCCUUCUUAUCCGUAGUUUUCCUUUUCAUCUGGUCCAAACAGAUCCACACAUUUAGAAAAGUCCUCUUUAAAGUGUGAGAUAGUAGGUCCACAAUGGAUUUGUUCUUGUGUUUUUAAAUGAAAAUACAAAAGCCAAGCAGCUGUAUUUGCCAUCUAGAACAACACUGGUGGUCACCCUUCAGCAGCACAGCUCCUGGAGGGGAGUUAGGAAUGGUCUGCUGAAAGAGCUCAGCAAAACUGAUUUUCACUGCUAUUCUUGGGGAGAGGAGGAAAAGAAAACAAACAAUCAAACAAACAAAGGUGCAGCCUUACAAUUGCUGUAACACCAAAAAUACCCUGCAACCAUCAGCAGAGCCUUUAAUGCCACCAUCAGGAUAGCAUCUUCUGCAGCUGUGUUCAGUCCUGUGUGCAUCCCCCUUUCUCAACUGCAGAUUACUCCUGGUUCCUCUUCUCUGUCUCAGCGUUAGAGAAGUCAAGUAGAUCUGAAGACACAUGGACAUUUCCAUUCGAUAGGCCCUUUCCAAGUCUCCUCCCAGUCUGUUUUUAUUUGCUACGGAGACUUCCAGUUUUGUUGAGGUUGUGCUUGCCACACUUGGGUUCAAAGCUCCCACUUGUCGCAUCAAUGGCAAAACUCUAUCCAUGGGAGAAGGAUUUGAACGUUUUUCAAUAACUUUUUCAAUAACUGAUUAUUAGCUUCCAGUGAUCACUGCAGGAUCACUCAUGGAGACAUAAUGUAUAUAAAAAUGUUAAAUAAGCUGUGUAUUGAAUGGAGUGGAUAAGUUAGUUAAGCAGCUCAAAUACACUUGGAAGAAAGAUGACCCUGACAUCAUUUCCAGGAGAUUGAAUGCAAGUUGCUAACUUUCAGUAAACAAAUAAAUCUGUGUUUAAAUAGACUAGUAGAUGGAAUCUUUCACCCUCAUAUGCACACACACAAGUGGGGACAUUGCUUCAUUCCUAGGCUGCAAAUCCUGUCUAAGUCUUGCAGAGCUGUUUAGGAUGAGGACUGAGAAAGUACAGGCACCACUUGCCUGCAAAGAGCCAACCUGCCAGGGUGUCCAAAUGGCCUAAAUUGGGGGUGGUGGAAGAGGGAAAGUAAUGACAAAAUCCUGGACUGUGGCAUCUCCAAUGAAGCCUUGAAUAGUCUUCUGGCUUCUGGAAAGCACCACAUGGCUCCUGGUAUGGGAGUUUGGGUGUGGUUGGCUUCAGGCAGCUGCCUUGGACUUGUUUUCUCCAAAAAUCAGCUUCAAAAGCCUUGUGGUUAGGACUGACGUGUAGUUGUGUAUUUGUAUAUUUGCAUGAGCAAAGGUCAGGAACUGUCAGACCCUAUUAGCUUGUUUAUUUCUUGUAAUCAAAGAUAAGCUUGAGAAAGAAAGUAUUCAGUUGCCUCAGUAACACACGACACCUAAGAAACCCAUGAACUAGCACAAAAAGAAGCCCUGCGAGCUCCAUACUUUGGACACAAAAAAUUUCUAUUGGUAUCAAUGGUCAAUUUGAGUUUGCUGGAAAGCUUGCUCAACAAAGACUUCCAGCUUAACCAGCACUAACUCCAUCUGGAAAACUGCCAUUCCAGCCCUGCACUCUCCACCGGAUCAUGGCUCUUUUCUGCCUUCCCAAAACAAGCCUGUACAUGGACAAUGCUUUUCUAUUUUGAAACAAUUAUAAAUUCAAAAUCUGAAUUUGUUUGUUUCUAUUAAAAAAAUUAAUGCAAAAAAGUAAUUUUUUGUGUGUUUUGUUUUGUUUUCCCCCCAAUUGUCAGUGUGAAUUGGUGAGUCCCAUUUACCUCUGCCCUACAACAAGGACAGAAGCAGCAACAGAUACCUUUUGAACUCCCCCGCCUCAGCCUCCCCACCCCCCCAAAAAGAGAUAAAAGAUAAAAAUUUUGCAAGUUGAAAACAUUAAUAGAUCAAACCUCUCCCCCAUCCCCAUCAAAGGUGGAAAACUUUAGUGACAGGCCCUGUAACUGGCAAAGAGCCAGUUACUGUGGGCAGUGCUGGGCUAUUGAAUGGCAGCACAGACACUGUCUGUCUGUUUCACUGCUGGGUGCUAAUUUGAAAUAAUCAGUGAAAAGUGUCAGAAUUUAAUUGCCACAAGCUUUAUGCAGCCCUGAGCUUUAGGGGCAAAGCAAAUUAAAGAUAUUUUUUUAAACCCCCAUGGUUUGGCUCUGCAGUGCACAGUUGGGCAUCACUGCUCGGUUUCCCGUUUGCAGCACAGGGAAAACGUCUCCCAGCUCAAGAAAAAAACAAAAACAACACAAAAAAAACAACCAAAAAAAAGCCCCACAAAACCCAAACAAAAUCAUGGGGGAAAAAGAUAGCUUUAAAAAAAAAACAACCCACCAACAUAAAAGGUGACACUUGAUGAUGCUGAGAAGCUGUGCAUGUGUGCUUUUGUGUGCGUGCGUAUGCAGGGAAGGCUUCGGACCUGUAGCGUAGUACAUGUUAGCAUGAUACAUACUGUGUCUAAAACCACCUGCUUCUGCAGUUGAGUUGUUAAAAAGGUUUGAUUCCUUUUUUUUUUUCCCUCAAUAUUAAAAAAAAAAAAAAAAAAAAAAAAAAAAAAAAGAACAGUGGCAAAGGCAUGUUGAGAGGCUGAAAAAAAUACACCCCCAGACUCCCGAGGGGCAAGUUGAGCUCUUUUGUCAUCUGCUCCUGUCCUGGAAGCCAGCACUGGUCUCUCAGCAUUGCAGCAUCCCAGUACUGUUCUGAAGUGCUUGUUGUUCAAUAGGAUGUUGUUUUUCUCCAAUGUAAUGUUGUGAUUGUUACCUGAUAACAUUGCCAGGGACUUCACUUAUAAAAAGGUGGUCCAUCUUGUUUGAUGUAUUUGGCUAAAAACAGUGGUGGUUUUUUUAUUAUUAUUAUUAUUUAAAUUUCUAGCAACUGUGACUACAGUAUUGUGAUGAGUAGCACAUACAGCAAGGAGGCCACUGUCAAGGAUGGCCUCCUGGAAAAAAAAAUAUGUCAUCUGAACUUUUUUUUUAAAAAAAAACAAAACUAAAAAAUAUUUUUAAAACAUUUUAAAACAUUUUUUUUGUGUGUUUCAAACAGGAAUAUUUGUAUUUGAAAAAAAUCCUGGAGUGUAAUUUAAUCCUAAAAACUCUAGCCUUUGUGUAUAUGGUAAAUGUUUGUAUUUUGCGGUUUCUGUUUUGCCUUUUAGAUAAAUGAACUGUAUAUGGAUAUUUUUAAGUCAUCUUUGCUUUUUUAGAUGAGUUUGUAAUCACCUUAUAAUUAAAAAUAAACCUUUCCUUUAUAAACCA